AUGUGGCUGGACCAAGCACCGGCCUCACUAUGUCUACCAUUUUCAAUUUUGAGAGUCUGUUGACUGUAAUCUUGCUGCUUAUAUGUACGUGUGCUUAUAUCCAAUCCUUGGCACCCAGCCUCCUGGACAGAAAUAAAACUGGACUAUUGGGAAUAUUUCGGAAGUGUGCCCGAAUUGGUGAACGCAAGAGUCCUUAUGUCACCAUGUGCUGUCUAGUGAUGGCCUUCAGCAUCCUCUUCAUACAGUGGCUUUGGAAACCACCAGCAUGGGACUGCCACCAGACUCUCCAAACAAGGACUUGCCUCCAGAAAAUAAUAGGAAGAAUAGUUGAGCCAUUUAUCUCUGAACAUGGAAUGAGAUAAAUUUCAAGAUGCUGUUCUCCAUUUUUAUGCCUUUGGACCAAUGAGCUAUAUAAAUAAUUAAGAUGUAACGGUUUAAUACACAGGAAUGUGAAUGUCGCGAUCAACCUCAGUUCUGUCACUCCAGUAUUACACUGCAAAUGUCAUCCUGUUGUGUCGGGACUGCUUUUCAUAUAAAGUUCAUGAGGCACAAAGUAAAAAACACAGUGGCAAGUUCCACAGGCCCCUUUCACUAGAGCUUGAAAGUAAUGUCUUCACAGAAUGAGACCUCCUAGUGACUGGGCUAUUUUUUAUUGAGAAAAAAAAAUUGUUCUAUUUUUGUUGUCGUUAAUGUUCUAAUGGAUUGCAUUCAUAUUUAAACCAUUUUGAUUGCUAACCAGAGUACCUCUGUUCUUGGCGAAGUCUGUAGUUUAUUACAGGUGUUUAAACUAUUUUAAACAAAACUGUAUUUCUUUAAAAGUGGGGCUUUUAGUCAAGUGUGGUUGAAGAGAUAGCUGCUGCCAUCCUAUAAAAAAGAGGAUCUUAAUA